GGGGGCGUGGCACGGUUAGUUAUGCCUGGACUCUAGCAUUUACCUAGAUGCAAUAGAACUCUAGGCAGGCUUUGUUUCGUUUUUCUUUAGCUGAUAGGAUAAUUUGGAUAUUGCCCCUUUGUGAUUGAGUACAUUUCAGGCCAGACCAGUGCUGCUCAAGAGUUAUUGAUUCCCCGUCGAGGAACUAGCAUAAAGGCAGACGACCAUCUAGGGCAGAAGAAGUCCAUCGCUGCUGUAUCGUGUUCUUGCAAUCGACCACCCCUAUCUAAUUAUUACAACCCUCGUCAAUAUGGCAACACCCACGAACUGGACGACGUCCAGCCUGACAAACACCUACCAAAUCUACACGGGUGUGUGGACCAACUGGUCGCGGGGUUCUGUUAUGGGCGUUACCCUCACACUUUCACAUAUUGAUGGUAAUCUUCUUAUUGCGUUUGUUGCUACCUUCAUCAGCCUUAUCUCCUCCCGCUUUUGGAGAAUUCUUUGCUUUUUUCUCCAUCGCUACUACUCUACUCCCGAAUCCAGAGAUUUGCUCCAUCACCAGCGACAGGCGCUGCUACGUAACUCUUCGAAUUCUGAGUCUAGCUUUUGGAAGUUUGUCCAGCUGUGCCACGCGUGGCGUCACCGGGCCCAGUCCGCGUUUUUGCGAGUGCUACCCGUCCUCGGGGCCGCUGCCCUGUGCUUCGCCGGUUUCACAGUCGCGGGUGGAUUUUCAUCUUGGAUCUCGGCGGGUAUCAGCAACGCGGUCCUACUCGAUAGCGCAAAAUGCGGAAAUUUGAAUUGGGUAGGGAAUUCUACCAGCGACCUCAACAGCUUCUACCGCUUUAUCUCUGAAGAGACCCAGAACUCCAUGGCCUAUGCCCAGCAAUGCUACUCGGUAAAUAGCACUGGUAGCUUUGGCUGUGGAUUAUAUGUCGUUCCCCGGCUGGGCUCAUCAGUUGACACUCAGGCCCUCUGUCCUUUUGCCGACGCAAUAUGUCGCAGUAACAAUAGUAAUCUCCGUUUGGACUCGGGAUAUAUCGACAGUCAUACAGAUCUCGGCCUAAACUCUCCUCCAGAUCAGCGGAUUCUAGUUAGACAAGUCUAUCACUGCGCACCCCUGAAUACUGAUGGUUAUAAAAGCGACAUCUUAGACCAGGAGAUUAAUUACACAGCAUAUAAUUAUGGUUCAUCAACUUUCCCAAGCGCAGAUCAAGAUAUGUCGAGUAAGACUGUUAACUAUACAUAUCGUGUCCCAACGACCCUCUGGCAGUACAAUACUACACAACCACUGGAUGCACCACACACGUGGUCAAGUUACAUACUCGAUACUAAGACUUAUUUAACAGCUAACAGCACUCCCGAUCCGUCAUCUUCAGACUUUGUCCCAAUUCCUGAGCUCAUCCGGGCAGACGCCGACGUUGAUCUAAUUUUUCUCCAAGGGAAUGGGGUGAUAUUCUUGGAACCUGUACAUGAUCCAUGGUAUCGAGCCACCGUUCCGGGCCAAAACUAUAGGGACUCAUUAACGAGUGGGAUAUGGCCGACGUGGCGAACAGAAGAAGCCGCCUCGCCUUUAGGUUGUACUGUACAGCUUCAACUUUGCAAUACAGGGCUGCCAGAGGGCAGCAGGUGUGGACCACUUGCUAGUGAGUCUGAUGCGUAUGAAGGUGCCUUGGAAUUGUUUGGUGUGUCUGCCAAUGGAACUGCUAAGGACAUAAAUGGUGUCCGCUUUAACUGGUUCUGGGACGAGUAUUGGAUGUCCCCGGGAACUAUACUUGCUGAACUUGGCCGUCAAGCUUUGAUUUCCACACAAACCUUGAAUAACGGCAUCCAAACGACGCUGCCUGAUAACCAAUGGCAGCUUGACGUCACAAAUUGGUGGGAAGGGUCGCUAGCAUCGUAUCAGAUGGCCGCUGUCAAACAAGCUACUGGCCCUAACGACCCGUCACUAGACUCGUUCGUGCUUGGCCCGAAUGGCACAAGCCAAGAGAAGUUGUGUCACAGCCAGAUGAUCCUUAGCACAGAUUAUAUUUCCUUCAGCGUCUUUGGAUUGUCCUUUAUCUUUGUUGUUGGCGUCCUUAUUGUCAUCGUCUCAUUCAUCCUCGAGCCGAUUUUCGACUGUCUUAAGAGGCGUCGCGGGUAUAAUCCAUACAAGCUUCUCGAGUGGCAAACCGGCUGGACGCUCCAGAUCCAGCGGCUCAGCUACCAGGGGUUCGGCAUGGGCACUUGGACACACAGUACCGAUAGCAUCCCACUAACUCAGGCGGACGAGAUUCUCGAGCCCCUGGCAUUACGUCAUGACGAUCUAGCUGACGACAAAAAGUUGAAUAACGCCAACCAGAAGUGCUCCAAGAAGGCCUUUUUGCUGAAAUUCAUCUCGUUGGAGAAAAUCAGAAAGAACAUGGGGAAAAGCAAUAGAAACGGUGGAGCGGCCGUGGCCGAUGAUGAGGUUCAGAAACCGUCCGAGGACGACAACCUGGAGUCUGCCGAGAGUGAAAACGCAACGACGCUACGGCAGAGCGACGCGCCAGCUCAGGAAUCUCAGGUUCCUCUGGCUUCGCCUUCGAAAGCCACCACUCUCACGCACCCUCUUAUCCAGGCCUCAAACCCCAUCCAAUAUAAUCCUACUUCUUCUGACGGUUCCAAAAUUCCGUCUACCAGACCACAGCAGCAGCAUUGACUAACCUGGCGGAUCUUUGUAUUGUCCGCUUGACUGAUUGAUUGAUGGUGUUUACCGUCGUAGGGACUAUUCUGCUUUGCAGUUAGUCUGGGCCUCCGGAAGGGUACUAGGACGUGGCAAGCUGUUAACUAGCUAUUUAUUCUAAAUACAUAGUGGCUUUAGGGCCAAUUUUUCACUUCCUGAGCUUGGUAUUGUCCGCGGGGCGUGGGACGGCGGCCUGGAGGCAAGCUCUCUUUCCCCCCUAAUUAUCGUCUCAAGCACUGUCUUGCGGCUGUAAAGAACGAGAUUAGCUGAACCCAGGUUGGACAACCGAGCUGUUGGAAGCACCUUUUCAAUCACGCACUUUGUUGAUUUCUUGCGUUCUGUCUUCUUCUUUUCUGAAGUGCCAUAAGCCCUCUCUUAUUUUGGGGCCCCAUAACGCACUUUUCUGUAUUAUAUGAUUUACGUUAGUGAAGCGAUAGUCCUCUUUAUGCUCAUUUACCAACAAGCGA